AUGAUUGAAGGUGAUUUCCCGGAUUCUGCCGAGAUAGCUCAGGCUUUAUGUAUGAAGAAGGAUUUGAUUGAAUCCACUCUCCGAAUUAAGGGUAACACUCAGGGCCUUUCGUCUAAGUUCCUGUUCGAGAAAGCCAUUAUGUUUUCCAACAACGGAAGUUGGGACGCCUUCUAUGCCAGCUUUUCCCUACUCAUUUAUGGUCUGGUUUUAUUCCCAAGUGUCGAAGGUUUUGUUGAUAAGACCUCCAUCACCAUCUUCAUUUCCCAGAACCCAAUUCCUACCUUGUUAGUUGAUGUUUUCUUCUCUUUCCAAUGGAGAAACAUGAAGAAGGGUGGAACUAUCAAUUAUUGCAUUCCUCUACUUCACAAGUGGAUCAUGUCCCACUUACUGAAGAGAGGACCAUUUGUUGAUAAUGUGGGUGCUUUGAAAUGGUCACAAAGGUUGACGUUGUUAGAUGCUGAAGACGUCGUCUGGUAUAACCAUGAUUAUUUGGGGGUAGAGCUGAUCUCCCGUUGUGGGGAGUUUCCGAAUGUUCCGCUCGUCAGCACUAAAGGGGGUUUGAUCAAAUAUAACCAUGUUCUCUCAUUGUGUCAGUUGGGGUAUCCACUCAAGGAAAAACCUGAGGACCGCCUAUUGGAAGAACUACUUUUAGCUGAAGGGGUUGAAAAUCCGGAUCUAAUGAAGAAAGUGCGCAGAGCCUGGGGCAAGAUACGGCGUAUUGGAAAGAAAGAACUGGGCAAACAACUUUGUACCACAACAAUAUUGUAUGCUAAUUGGGUGAAGUAA